AUGGCUUAAAUGGAUCUAGAAGUUACCAAAUCUUAAUGUGACACUUCGCAGAGUUCUAAAAAGUAAUAGAAGAAGUGUGGACAUUGGAAUUAAGAGGAACAUGAAUCAUAUCUUCGCUUUUUAUAGGAAAAUGGCAAUCAUAAUAAGGGCCAAAGGUUAUUUAAGAAGAUGAGCCAAAUCAUUGGAACAAGAACACCUAGUUAAUGCAGGUAAUGCUAAAUUUAAUAAGAUUAGAUCUCAUCAUUAAAAGUUCAAUCCUUCAAAACCUUGUUUUAAGUUGAUUUAAACAAAAAUAAUGAAAACAAAAUAAUGGGCUCGCUUGUACAUGAGUAGACAUCAGGAAAAAGAUGAAGAUGAGGACUGA